GACGUGGGCUCUACUGCAGGGCCUCAGCCAGCGGAAAUCAUCACCACAUCCACUGUAUACAAUGUCCGGAGAGCAACCACAAUGAGUCGGUAUCUCACCCCUUCUAAGGUAGCACUCCUGUGCUUGAUAUCGAUCUACGUGGAAGGCGUCGUUCCCAAUUCUUCUGCAAUUCAUGUCCUUUCAUUCCUGGUCUCAUGCCUGAGUCCCUUGGAUCGGGAGGCGCCCCCCAGUACUUUGAAGAAAGACACCCGAUGCUCGGUAUCGAUCACAGACUUGGAAGGAUCUCUUCAUGAUCACCUAUCUUCUGUGCCCGGCCGCUCGAUCUGGGACCUCUUUCUGAAGAAGAUUUGGUCAAUCGACUCCUGCGAUGCUCUCGAGGUUUUCUUCGGUGGUAUCUCCGACCUGCUGGUCAAGACCCGAGACGAGCAGAUUCGUGACCGAGAUGCUGGCCUUGCUCCCGAGAGGGGCCCCACGAGGUUGUCCCGAUGCUCCCCGCUAGGUGCAUUUGUACGACGAUCUCAGCUGGAGUUUACUAGACUACAAUUCCAUGACUCGGUCAACCUCUGGAAGGGGUUUGUGCGAUACAGGUUGCCGACGUAUCGUGUAUGGGCGCGCAAAAAUCCAGCUGGGAUGCAAGCCCCGGUUGAUAUCAAUCUGUUGGAGCUUGGCUUAGACACAACAAGUCACCUCUCGCAAGUGGCCUAUGGCCAUAUCGACAAUGAUUUCGAGGACGACAAGUACGUCAGCACGAAAGAUGUGGAGCGGCUCCUAGAGUUUCAGAUCAACGAGCUACAAAGUUUGGGAGGGAGAGUUCCGGACGAAAUGAAAGCACAGCUAGAGCGCAUUAUAGCAUCGGGUGUGACGGUGCCCAACUUGAUUCACUACCUGAGGUUUCUGGAUGCAUGGAGAGCGGGCGAUUACCCAUCAUCCUUCGACAACCUCCAUCGCUACUUCGACUACACUAUGCACAGUCGCGACAGAAGCUCUUACCAAUACGCAUUGUUGAAUCUUGCAAUCCUGCAGGCCGACUAUGGGUGCCAUGGAGAAGCCGUGUCGGCAAUGCAGGAGGCAGUUUCCAUUGCGCGUGAAUCGCAUGAUAUGAAUUGCCUCAACUUCUGUAUGAGCUGGCUUUACCAUUUUGGCAAAGCUUUCCCUGAGCAGAUGAAGGAUAUACAAAACACUGGAAUGCUAGGUAAUGAAAAAGAAGGGCUCUCCUUUCUGAAGGCGAAGGCCAAAGAAACGGAGAUGUGGAGCCUACUGAGCACGACAUUAUUGAGUGAAGCGAAACUUGAGCUGCAAAAUGGGGAAAGCCUUGCCGCGUCUAUGGAGAAUAUAAUCCGCGCUUCACACUUGAAUGUCACAAAGAAUCUGAUGAAUUCAGUGGGGCCCCAACUUUUGCUUCAAGCCGCGCUCUUUGGGAGAAUAGGAGUCACCCAUCUAUCGUGGCUCAGCAGCGAGAUCUUUCGUGAAUGCUAUGCGAGUAGAGCACCUUUCGAAGAUUAUCUCAAAAGUACCUUUCGAAGCUGUCAGCUUCUCGCACAAAAGGGCCGCUACAAAGAGAUUUCCGCCCGCAUGGAUCAGGUCACACCCGAGAAGCUGCGAUCCCUAAAAGCGAACCAAUACUGGACCUUCUUCACCGGGGUGCUGCAACUGAAACGACAGAUUUAUCGUGACAAUCAAGUGGCGGUCGAACAUCUCCUCUCCCAACUGCAAGCGAUUCAACUCCCCGAUACAGAUAUCUCCCUCCUUCUCUCCUUUCUGACGAUCGAUUUCCGCAUCCGCCAAGGCCAUUACGCCCGCGCGCUCGAGAUCGUCGAAAAAGCCGCGCAGUCCAUCCACCAAGACAACUUCGAUAUUUUCAGCCAGGUCAAGCUACUCUGCCUCAAGGCACGCAUCCUCGAGAAGACCGGCCAUCCGCAGCGCGGCUUUUCGCUCGCUAUGCGCGCCGCCAGCAUUGCCCACCGCUCGCGCCUCCUGCCCAGCCUGUGGGAGUCUAUCUGCGUCCUAGCUGGGGUGCUUCUCAGCCUGCGCGAGUUCGACGCCGUCUCUGCCAUGCUGGAGAGCAUCAUGCCGCAGAUCCUCGAGUCGGACGACUGUGACCUCGCCGCCCAGGCGUACUCCCUCCUCGUCGAUGCCAACAUGGGGGUCGCGGGUACCAUCUGGAGGAAUCAGGGGCAGCAGCAGCAGCAGGCCCAAUCGCCUCUCAAGAAAGAAUAUAUGAACCGCGCACUUGGAUACCUGGAUUGUGCCUAUGAGCAGUAUGAGGAGCUCGAGGAUAUCCGCGGGCAGUGCGAGAUGAUGGCUAAGAAAGCCACGGUCAUGCAUCUGACGGGGGAUCCAGUGCUGGCGAAUGAUUACGCGGCGAAAUACCUCGAUCUCAAGAGGCAGCAGCGCCAGGAGUCUGCGGAAGUAUAGGCCGUGAUGAUAUCGUUCUGUGCUGUAGAUGCAUCGAGUAUACGGAAUCCACACUAUUUGAGAAAU